CAGUAACAGGAAAAAAACGAAAAUACCCCCCGCCCCGAAUGCCAAUCAGAGGGGACAAGAUCCAGUUCUGAAGAUCCGAUUGAUAUAUCUCCAGUCUCCACAACACGAAUUCUGACAAGGAGGGAGUAAUGGGGAGAAGAGCUAACGUCCACAGGGGAUUAGUGCUCUCGGCGCUGUUAUCGCUCUUAUGCUUAUCGGAGAAGGUCGGAGCCGUAUGGUUGAGCUUACCGGCGUCUGGUACCAAGUGCGUAUCGGAGGAAAUCCACAACAACGUCGUCGUUUUAGCCGAUUAUGUCGUAAUUUCCGAUGAUCAUUCCCAUCCCACUCCAACUAUUUCCACCAAGGUAACAUCACCUUAUGGGAAUACCGUUCAUCACUCAGAGAAUGUAACACAUGGUCAGUUUGCAUUUACAACUACCGAAGCUGGCAACUAUCUUGCAUGUUUUUGGCUAGUUGAACAUAAUUCAGUAAAAGGGGAUGUAAGCAUCAAUAUCGAUUGGAAGACUGGAAUUGCAGCAAAGGACUGGGAGUCUGUUGCCAGGAAAGAGAAAAUUGAGGGUGUUGAGCUUGAGCUACGAAAGCUUGAAGGAGCAGUGGAGGCCAUUCACGAAAAUUUAAUAUAUCUCAAGUCCAGAGAAGCAGAGAUGCGAUCAGUUAGUGAAACAACAAAUGCCAGGGUGGCCUGGUUCAGUAUCAUGUCCUUGGGCGUCUGCAUUUCAGUUUCAGUGGCACAGAUAAUGUAUUUGAAGAGAUUUUUCCAGAAGAAAAAACUAAUUUAGGCUUCGUUAAUCUGAUUUUAGUCCUUGAUAGCAAAUUGAGCUUAAUGUUCUUUUUCCCCCUUUUCGAUUGCCUUUGUUCUUUAUCCAAGUUAUGUAGAAUGAAAUUUUUGGUAUAAUACUGAUCACCCAACUAUUACUGUUAGAGAUACAAGAAAUUAAUUGAACAUGCCAUGUUCGGAUAGUAUAUUUCUUC